AGCAAGCUCAAGUAUCUUUUUCAUGCUGUAUCUCAUGACAUGAGAUUAUCGUUUAGGUGAUAACCUUAAAGUUAAAGGGGUAACGUCCAACCUCUAUCCAUUCAUAUUUUGCUUCUAAUGCAAACUUUAAUGGCGUCUGUCUUGCAGUAUUAUCUAUUUGUUCGAGAUCUCGGCUACUAAUCCAGUAUUUUGGCAUCAUCAAGAUCACUCGUGCCAUGCACAGCGUUCUGUUAAUCUAGUAAAGUUAUUAGUGGGUCAGAGAUGACAGACGAGCAGAUGAUGCCAGUCCUGUUUUAUAUGUGAAGAACUGAUUGUCAUCUCGUAACUCUUGUCUUCCUUUUCCUGAUUUGCACAUUUUCCCGUGAUUCUCUGCGCACGGCAAAACACAGAAGCAGGACUCUUGCUGUCUCUUUAUUUACUGAGAAACGGAAUGGAACGCAGCAGAAAAGAAACUGAAAAGAACUGCUACGACAACAAAUCAUACAUGGCCGACCAGCAGGGUGAAACGUACUUGCCUCUUAGCAGCAGAGACUGUUUCGGGGACAGAAAUCCCAGAUUUAGCAAAACGAUGGAGGAAAACCCACAAAAUACAGGAAUAAUCCAAAAUACUUCACACUACCCUAUUUUUACAAGCAAAAGAAGCCGUAGAAAGCAAGUAGUUAUCUUCAUGGCAGUUUUUUGCGCUGUUUCCUUGACAGCAGCCAUUAUAGCUGUACUUGUAGUGUUUCUCCCCGAGCAAGGCGAAACAGUUAUAUUUGACACAACAAGGGAUGAUCUCUUUACAAACGGACAAUCAACGUUUUCCACAGAGUCCGUCGUUUCUCAAGGCACCCCAGUUUCUCCACAUCCACAAAUAUAUCACUGUAGGAUCAGAAUAGUCGGCGGGCCAUAUAAUAGAUUUACUGCUCAACUUUUAAAUACCUCUUCGCCACUAUUUAUAGAUUUAUCAAAAGCGUUCCAGGAAGAAAUGAACAGGAUAUUUAUGCAGAGCCAGUAUCAAGACAUCUACAAUUCAACAGAAGUUCUUUCAUUCAGAAGUGGCAGCGUUCUAGUGAACUAUGCAGUGCGCAUGCUCCGGGCUGUCCCCAGCAAUGACGUCAGGAACGCUACACUACAUGCUAUUUCCAAGAACGGAACAUCAGGCAGCUUUAUCUUCGACAGAGAUUCGUUAACAGUAUCCAAAGCAGACAUGUCACUGUCCACGACACCUCGGCCUCCAGUUUGUGUAUCACCGGUAUUUUUACCACUGUGUUUUUACAAGCUUUAUAAUUCUUCAGCGUUCCCAAAUGCUCUGGGUCACAUGUCAUUCAGAGACUUUUUAACAUCUGGCUCUCGGUCAGUGACCUGGUUUUGGGACAGCGACUGCUACGCGUUCAAAAGAGAGUUUUUCUGUGCAGCGGUGGCCCCACGGUGUGCUAAUGGUGGUCCAGUAUUACCGUGCCGCUCUUUUUGUAUAGAUGCUGAAAGAAGUUGCUCUCAGUCUAGACAUGCGUGGUUCUUGGACUGUUCCACUCUCCCGGAGUCUGCUGACCCGGACGUGUGCGUGCCAACUCCCAUCACAGACGUGUGCGUUCCUAUAGAACCUGGUGUUUGCAGUGUCGAUUACAACGCCACGAUAUUCCCCAACAUCCUGGGGUUCAGAUCCAGAGACGCCGCCUUGGAGUAUCACAGGAAAGUCGUCUAUAUCCACAGGACCUUUAAGUGCUAUAAAUAUUUGGAACUUUUCUCUUGCUAUACGACCAAUCCAAAAUGUGUUGGAACAAACACUUUGAUUCCCCCGUGUAGAAGUCUUUGUGAAGCGACAUUCAGACGUUGCCGUGCCUUCUUUGACUUGACUGAGACACCCUGGCUAUUUAUCCUGAACUGCAGCGACUUGCCAGAGUCCCUUAAUACCAGCGUCUGUCUGGGAGGCAAGGAAGGACAGGAGACAAAAGUGUGCCCGAAUAACGAGACGCUGUGUGACGGUGACCGCUGCGUCCCCAAGUCUUGGCUCUGUGACGGCCAUCAGGACUGCGAGGACGGCUCUGAUGAGCAAUCAUGUCCGGGGGAGUGUACCGCCGAAUCUUACAGGUGUCCAGGCACGCAGCACUGCAUCAGCUGGGCCAAGGUCUGCGACGGCGUUCCCGACUGUAAGCGUGGCCUAGAGGAGAAUAAUUGCGUGCGUUUGGAAAACAGCACAGAGGGUCACUUGGAACUGUUCGAUAACUCCAUGAAAACAUGGCGCCAAGUCUGCGCAGACGACUGGUUGACAGAAACAGGCGAGCUGGCAUGUCGUCAUAUGGGCUACAGCUCCCUAGACAGUGCUUCACAUGUCGAUACGACCCAAAGCAAUCCACUGGUGAUAGCCUAUAAUAAGAACGGGACAUCUCCUUACUUCGUAGGUCAAAUUAUAAUCAAAAAUCUUACCUGUUUGUCUAAAAAAGCAAUCGGGCUGAAGUGCUCAUCGUUCGUGUGUGGCACUCGCCCCGCCUAUAUACCAUCCGGGAAGCGCGUGGUGGGAGGUACUUCCGUCCACGAGGGGGCGUGGCCAUGGUUGGUGUCUCUUCACGCGGGCCCCGCUGAAGUUUUCUACUGCGGCGGAGUUAUCAUUGACGCUAGCUGGAUCCUAACCGCCGGACACUGUGCACAAACAUAUAUCCAGCCUGAGGACAUCCGUAUUCACGCCGGAAUAGUUCGCCGUGGCAUGUACUCCCGCCAUCUCCAGGUGCGCGUUGUCCAGGAGAUUGUGAGGCAGCCAAACUAUAAGAAGAACCUGCUGCAGGACGACAUAGCUUUGCUUCGACUGGCGAGCCCUCUUCGUUAUACUGAUUACGUGAGACCGGUGUGCUUACCCUCCCGCGGCCUGGGGAUUGCCAACGAGACCAGGUGUAUCUCUGCAGGAUGGGGACGCCAAGCUAAUGGUAAUGGUGGGUUUGAACGAGUGGCACGCCAGGUUAACUUGCCGGUCUUGCCCCUGGACACGUGUAAAACAGCGGCCUCGGACCAAGGUGUGCGUCGGAUCAGUCUGCCUGUCUUGGAUGACAAGAUCAUCUGUGCAGGGGGAGAAGCUGGUCAAGACACUUGCUCGGGUGACAGUGGCGGCCCUUUGAUGUACACUAAUCAGAAAGACGGCACGUGGACAUUGGCGGGUAUCGUGUCGCGAGGUCUGAUUGAUGAGUGCGGCAGGACGCAGGUGCCCGCCCUCUACACCAAUGUCUCCACAUUUGCCGACUGGAUAUACAAUUAUACAGCAACCACGUCAGAGUUAUUCAAUUUAUAGAACAUUUGUCUUCCUUAAAGACAGCUGAAUCCUUCAUUUUGCGCGACCGUCUUUUGCUGACUUGGAUCUUGACAAAAGAAUCGAAAGAAACAGAUAUAUCAGCAUAUAUGAACAUUCCAGACUUUCUUUCCAUGUGUCUGUAUUUUCAGCACCGGUGGUUUUACUUACCUUCAUUUUGAACAAAUGAACUGCUGUUCAGUUACCAAAAGACCAUCCUAUUGUGUCCCAAUUUAUUGCCAUAUUUUGUACAUAGAUUUAUCUAACGCAUUAAUUAACUGCUGGACCAGUGCCAAAAUAAAUUUAUUGUACAUAUUAUAAUUUGUCAGAGAAUUAAAAUGUUAGCAAUUUGUCCACAAGCUGAUAAGUACACAGGCAUUAGCGGACCUACGUUUUGGUAAAAAAAAAGGGGGGGGCGGACCACAGGGAAUAAAUCCUGAACAAAGCGAGAGAAAUAUAAAACUGUUAAGGACAA